UUGAUAAAGAAAACCUAAGUAGACUGUUGAACAAUGUCGAAAAAUAAAGAAAAGAUUAAGAGUUCGACAAAGCAGUCUGAAGGCUGCGAAGAAUACGAGUUUCUGGCAAAUGUUGGAUUGCUGGCAACAACUACAGUGACGGAGAUGCGCAAAAGUCAGCCAAAGAAACCCAAGAAAAUUGGGACUGAGUGCGGAGACGAUGAGUUAUUUGUGAAGCGUCCCGAUUUCAGCAAUUCGCGGAGGAACAGAAAUGAGGCGGUGGACGGGGGAAGGACUCGAAAGGAAGUCCCUGUGGAAAGCGAGGGGGAUCUUUCGGAGGAGGAAAGUGAAGGGGAGGAGAGGAAGGAUUCCGAUCCCGGAAAUUACUCGAUUACCGGUCAGAGGCUGUACAACUUCCUGACGGCGCUCUCCUCCCACCGCUGGAUCUGGUGCGAGUUCGUGGAGUCCUUCGUGGACAAGCCGAUCCUGGCCGGCGCCUACACCAUGGCCGACUACAUGGCCGACUGCUGCUCCCGGUUGGGCACCCGCCACAUGCCGCGCCGCGGCUGGCAGCUGCUGCGGCGCCACACGGGCAAGGCGCGCCGCUUCUCGCCGGCCUUCAUCGAGCUGGAGCUGCAGGACCUCUACCGCAGCCGGCGGAUCGUGCGCGAGCUGCAGCAGUACCGCUACAACGACGAGCGGGACGGGCCCUUCAUGGACCAGAUGCCCAAGCGGAUCCCCCUGCCCCUCGCCGCGGACGCCAAGGUCACCGGGCUGCUGCAGGAGCACGCGGGCCACUCGCUGCGCGGCAUCGUCGAGGGCAGCGUCAUGGACUACGACCCGCAGAACAGCUCCUACCUGGUGCGCUUCGUCAAGAGCGGCCGCUCGGCGGUGCUGAGCCUCCCGGACUCGCAGCUCCGUCCGGAGCAGGACACCACGGCCCUCCCACUCUCGCUCAUGAUGCACGGCGCCCAGGCGGACACCAAGGAGGUGAAGGUGGAGGCGGCGGGGAAGCCGGAUGGCGGAAGGCGGGAGAAGUUCGGCAACCAGCGGUACGACAAGGAGCUGCUCGAGUCGGUGCUGCAGGUGCGCCGCCUGCUGGCCACCAAGCAGAAGGCCGUCCUCGAGAUAGCCGGCAUGAACGAGGACUUCGAGGGCGGCAGGGACUGCGGUCGCCGGGAGGCCAAGCAGAGCCCGCAGCGGGAGCAGCUGCAGCGGCGCUACGCGGCCAGCAUGAUCGCCCUGCACCGGGUGAACACGGAGCUCCUGGAGCCGGUGCACACCCUGCACGAGCACCUGGCCGAGUACCUCAGGCAGGAGGCGGAGCAGGAGGCCAGGGGCGGCCGCCCGGCCAGCGAGGUCUUCCAGAAGUGCCGCCUGCAGGCGGAGCUGGACCUGAAGACGGCCUGCGGCGAGCGGAGCCUGCACAUCGAGUCGGACUGCACGCGGGAGCUGAUCUGCAACCUGCACACCAUCCUGUACCUCAACGGGCGGCUGGGCCGCGAGAACAGCUGCGACAUGGAGGCGGUGCUCGCCGACCUGGUCGCCCACAUGCUGGACCACAUGCCGCCCACUCUGGGUGCAAACUUCAAGGAGGCUCUCGACUCGCUGGAUCCGCUGCGCCAGCGCGUGGUCGAGAUGUUCAAGGCCGUCGAGAAGCCGGAGCGCUUCCACAUCACCCAGCAGUCGCCGAUGCAGACGGAGGACGGGGUCUUCAACUUCGUGGUCGAGGCACAGCCGGAUGGCCUUCCCUAAGCUCCACUGCCUCCUUCCUUUCCUCCCUUUCUCCUUCUCCUAGAAUCCCGAAAUAAAGCCUCCCUGUUAUUUAUGGCUCAAUUA